AAAAAAUGCCAAGGUCUUUCCUGGUUAAAAAGGUCAAGCUCGAUGAUUUUUCAUCUGCUGAUCUCGAACGCUCCUAUGGUAAAUCCAGGACAGAUCUCAGCGUAAGACUACACGAAAAAGGAUACAUCAACGACUACAUCACCCCAUCUGUCUAUGAUGGAGAGAAUGACAGUGCCAUUAAAGUGCCCUCUCCUGAGCCCAUCUACAGUGAUGUGCAUGGAGAUUACAGAGCCCUGGACUCAGACCAGCCAGACAGCCCCCAGUCGGAGAUCACAUCUGGUUACAUCAAUGGAGACAAUGCCGUGAGUGAAGGUUACACAGUAGAUGCCUUCUUCAUCACGGAUGGAAGGUCAAGGAGGAAAGUCAUCAGCAGCCCCAGGACCAUCCAGCGCCAUACUUGCAAUGAGUGUGGAAAGACCUACGCCACGUCUUCCAACUUGAGCCGGCACAAGCAAACCCACCGCAGCAUGGACAGCAAGAUGGCCAAGAAGUGCCACACCUGCGGAAAGGUCUAUGUGUCCAUGCCAGCCAUGGCCAUGCACUUACUGACCCAUGACCUCAAGCACAAGUGUGAUAUCUGUGGCAAAGCCUUCAGCAGACCGUGGCUGCUGCAGGGUCACAUGAGGUCACACACGGGUGAGAAGCCAUUCGGAUGUGCCCACUGCGGGAAGGCGUUUGCUGACCGCUCCAACCUCCGCGCCCACAUGCAGACUCACUCUGCUUUCAAGCACUACAAAUGCAAGAGAUGCAACAAGACCUUUGCCCUCAAGUCCUACCUAAACAAGCACUAUGAAUCUGCCUGUUUUAAGGGCACAUUCUCGCCUUUGAGUACACUCGAAGAUUGACUUCCAUAUUUAAGACCCUCUUCUUCAUCUUCUUUGACCUGAUAAUAGCACAUUCUCCUCUAUUUCUUCGUCUUCUUCUUCUUCUUUGACCUGAUAAUAGCACAUUUAUCUAUUUCUUCUACAAUAAUGAAAUGAAGAGGAAAAAAAACUCCUUGGAUUUCUACGCAUGUACUUUAGAAAGACAGAAAAACUUUAUAACCUAAAAUAUCACAUUGUUUUGCUGAAACUCAGUGAAGACAUUAAAAUGUGUCUUUUAUUUGUCAAAAAGGUCAAACCUUUUAUGAUUGGAUGAUAUUGUACUGCUGCCAGUGGCCAUAAAGAAGUUAACCUUCGAGGUAAAACAUUAUUUAUUUAUUUAUUUAUUUAAAGUAUGUAUUACUGAUUUCUCUAAACUUUUCAUUUGCAUUUUUAAGUUAUUUUGCUAAUCCUUCUUCAUUAAUAUGCCAAAGCAUUUGCCACUUUCUGCAGAUUUUUUUAGACUUUCUGUUGAUACCUUUUUUGAUGUUAUUGCAUGCACAGAAGUAUUACACCUAUGCCAAUUAUACAAAGCUUUUGAUUUUGCCAAAAUCUAGAUAGUAUCUGAGGGCAAUAUUUCGUAUAGGAACUAUAGAGCAAUAAUGAUGUAAUGCAUGGUACUUUAUAAAUACAAAAAUAGUAUAAGGGUUCAAAUAAAUCAGGUAUGGUUUAAUCCAGUAUUCGUGUUAGUCAUACAGAGAACCAAUUUCAGGGAAAAUGCCAAUGUAGUGAAGUAAGAUACAUGAUUAAAAACCUUCCUGUCGUCCAUAGUAUGCACUGCCUGCCUCUAAUCUAACGUAGUUUUAGGAUGUAGGCUUGUGGUGCUGAUUGGUCAGCUCCAAGCAGUUCAGAUCAUUUCUUUAAACCUGUGGAACGUCCACCCAGGCAAAAAAGUUGGCACCUCCCAUCAUUUCACCCAAUAAGGAGAGGUAGGGCUAGAAUACCACAUCCAUGCAAGACCGAGCCAAGACUAUCUGCACUGUAUUCAGACAUAAACAGCACAAGUUGCCCAAGAGCAAAAGAUGCCUUGUUUUUAGCCACGUGGAGGUCCCACAGUUUUGUCUUUUAAAGAACUUAAUUUUAGAUUUCCAACUUUUAAAAACAGUAGCACAACAACCUUAUAGAUUCAGGUAGAAGGAACUUGUACUAGCUAGACCUCUGUUUUUGUACUUAGAAAAAAGGAACAACUGUUUAUUGCAAGAAGCCGUGUAAAUAAUACUUUGGAACUUAACAAGAUUUUUACAACUGUAAAGAAUCUAAUACCGUUAUGUCUGGAGAUUUUUUUCCUGGGAUUUUUCGAGCCAGUAUUUGAAUGAUCGAAGCACAA